CGAAGUUUUUACUAACGUUUGUACGUAAAUUUAUUUACAAUGGCUUCUCUAACAUUACCAAUAAGUAUUUCUGAAGUCAAUUCUUUGAGUGAUGAACAGUUUGAGUCUGUGUUCGCUAACGUUAUUGAAUUAUGGCCGAAUGCAGCUAAAGAAGUAAAAAAGCAGAGGCCUUUCCAAAAUGUAUCUGUACUUUGUGAAGCAUUCCAAACGUAUUUGGAGGAUAUUAAGGUGGGAGAUAAGCUGACGAUACUGAAGCUGCACCCUGACCUAGCGGGACGGCUAGCGGCGCGUGGUCAGUUGACAGCAGAGUCUGCUGGCGAACAGCGUGCAGCUGGGCUGGAAGAACUGACGCCUGAGCAGAUGAAACUCAUGGAUGAGAGUAACCAAAGGUACAAAGCUAAAUUCGACUUUCCCUUCAUUAUUUGCGCAAGGGAAAAUAAAGUACAGUCAAUAAUUGAAGGCCUACAACGUCGGUACAAUAAUAAUAGGGAGCAAGAAAUCACAACUGGUAUCAAUGAGGUGAAGAAAAUUUGUAAGCUCAGAAUACUUGACUUUGUAAAGAACUGA